AGAAAUAAACAUUUGAAGCUGAAAUGUCAACUGAUUCGAUGUUUAAUUUUAAUACUCGAUGGCCUAGCAAGCCUUACAGAUCGCUGAAGAAAGAAAAGAAAAUAAAGUUAACUUAAUUUGCACUUUCUACACAAUUUCCGUUUGCAUAUUCAAAUCACGUCAAUCAUACCAUUUAAAUGAAGAUUCAAAUAGAAAUCUUAAUCGUUACAUCAUUAAUUGCCUUUGCUUGUGCACAAAGUUGCACUCAAGGUGAUUGGUUAGAAUAUAAAAAAAAUUUCAACAAAACCUACAAAUCAAUUCAAGAUGAGUUGCAUCAUUAUGACACUUUUUGUGACACAAUUUACAUAAUUGAUGAACAUAAUGCAGUUUACAGACGCGGCGAGGUAACAUAUGAGAAGAAAUUGGAUAAAUUUUCAGAUAUGACGGCUGAAGAAGUAGCAGAGUACUUUGCAAAACAAGGAAAAAAACGAAGACGUGGUGGUCGUCGAAAAAUGUUGCAACAACAAACUGAAGAUCAACAAUAAAUAAGUGCAUA